AUGGAAAUGCUGGAACGACCAUUCAUGUGUGACCCGACGUCUUUCGACUUCUUCGGCGAUUUACCAAAGGAGCUACGCCUCAAGGUCUGGAAAGCCGCCCUCCGAGCCGAAAACGGCCGGCUCGUGGCCGCGGCGCCCCAUCGCGACGACUUCUCCUGCCGAGGCGGCGAACUCCCCGCCGUCGCAGCCGUCAACCGCGAGAGCCGAGGGGAGUUUCUGCGAUUCCACCACGAGCCCGGCACCGACUACGCCGCCCUGUCGCCGAUGGAGCUGGACAGCCACGUCCUCGGGUACGCGGUCGACGCGCCUCCCUUGACCCAGACGGCUCGCGAGCAGGUUCGAGACGUGAGGCUCCACGACUUCGACUUCGCCUGCCGCGUGAGGCGCGGCAUCCGGGACGGUGACCCGAGAGCCGACGUCGGGCCCCCCGAGGCGUCUGGCAUCGUCCGGAUGCCUCGCCUCCGCUUCCCGAAUCUGUCGAGCAUCUGGAUCGCCAACCUGUUCGCCUUCGACCCGGGCUUCCAGGUCCUCGCCAGCAACGGCGCCCUUGGCCCUGUCGCCUUCACGGACCUCCUCCACGUCGGCCUGAACUACCGCCACUCGCCGUCGUCCGGCAGGACCAGCGUGGCCCGGUAUCCCAUGCGUGACGCCGACAUCUCGGAGGGUUGCCGGUCCGUCCGCAUGCCGCCGGACCUGGUGGGCACGCCGCCGCACUUCUUCAUCCGUAUCGACCUGCGGGACGACGAUGGCGAUGACGAAGACGAUGAGUCUGUGCCUGACGGCUGGGCGCUUCUCGACUCGAGGUCGGGUGAUAGUACCGAAGACCUUCGCUUGUGGAACUCGACAGUCAAGUAUGUCGCUCUGCGUUUGAGGGAGGAUGACUAA